GGGGGUUGGUUUGCUCCUCAGUGGCGACAUGUCAAACUCCAACAGGAGCAAGAAGGACAAAGAGAUCCUCGCUGAGUACGAGAGCCAAGUCAAAGAUGUGCGAACCCAGUUGGUGGAGCAGCAGCGCUGUCUGGAGCAGCAGACUGAGAUGCGGGUCCAGCUGCUUCAGGACUUGCAGGACUUCUUCAGGAAGAAAGCCGAAAUUGAAACGGAGUACUCCAGAAAUCUGGAGAAGCUGGCCGAGAGGUUCAUGGCCAAGACGCGCAGCACGAAAGACCAUCAGCAAUACAAAAAAGAUCAGAACCUGCUCUCUCCAGUGAACUGCUGGUACCUGCUGCUAAACCAGGUGAGGAGGGAGAGUAAAGAUCAUGCCACCCUCAGCGACCUCUACCUGAACAACGUCAUCACACGCCUCACCCACAUCAGCGAGGACUCAGCCCGCCUGCUGAAGAGGAGUAAGGAGAUCAUCUUCCAGCUUCAGGAGGAUCUGAUGAAGCUUCUCAAUGAGCUUUACACCGUGAUGAAGACGUAUCACAUGUACCAUGCCGAGACGAUCAAUGCAGAAACCAAACUGCGGGAGGCGGAGCGUCAGGAGGGGCGUGUGAAGGGUGUGACUGGGACAGUGGGAGGGGUGGAGCCUAUGUUUGGGCUGAGAAUCGAAGAACGCCACCAGAGACGCAACGCUGCCCGCAAGAUGGAGAAGAUGAGAGAGAAGAGGAAGGCGAAAUACUCAGAGAAUAAACUGAAGGCUCUGAAAGCCAGGAACGAGUAUCUGCUCACUCUGGAGGCCACCAACGCCUCCGUCUUUAAAUAUUACAUCCAUGACCUGCCUGACAUUAUAGACUGCUGUGACCUAGGGUACCACUCCAGUCUCAGCCGGGCUUUGAGGACCUAUUUGUCAGCUGAACUCAGCCUCGAGGCCUCCAGGAGGACAGGUCUGGAGGUCCUAGAAGGGGCCGUGGAGGGUCUGGAUCCUGCCCGUGACCGGCAGCGUUUACUGGGCCUCUACCCCACUGCCUUCUGCCCCCCGCAGCGCUUCGGCUUCCAGGCCCACAUGGGCGACGCGGUGACCCAGAUCGCGUCUCAGCCCCAGGUCCAGGCUGAGCUCACGCUCCGCCUCACGCAGCUGCAGACCCGGCUGGCCUCGCUGAAGAUCGAGAACGAAGAGGUGAAGAAGACCUGGGGGGCGACCCUGAACACCUUGCAGGACAUGACGGUGCUGGAUGACUGUGACGUCUCACAGAGCUUCACCCACAGUCCGUCCUCGGAGUCGGUCAAGUCCAGCGUGUCAGACGGCUACUUGAACAAACCCAGUCUGGCUAAGAGACGGGCCAACCAGCAGGAGACUGAGCUCUUCUACUUCACUAAGUUCCGCGAGUAUCUGGAGGGGAGUAACCUUAUUUCCAAACUACAAGCCAAACAUGAUAUCCUGAAGAAAGCCUUAGCGGAGGGUUAUAAGGCUGAACUGCUGACGACCAGUCGUGGGCGGAAGAACUCCCACAGCAAACACCAGGACUCGACUAAAGCCAUACCCUUACUUGUGGAGAGCUGCAUUCGCUACAUCAACCUACAUGGUCUUCAGCACCAAGGCAUAUUCCGUGUGUCGGGAUCACAGGUGGAGGUCAAUGACAUCAAGAACUGCUUUGAAAGAGGUAAUGACCCACUAAUUGAUGAGGAGAGCAACCACGACAUCAACUCUGUGGCUGGAGUGUUGAAGCUGUAUUUCAGGGGUUUGGAGUACCCGCUGUUCCCCAAGGACAGGUUUAAUGACCUCAUAUCAUGUGUCCGAAUUGAAAACCUGUACGAGAGAGCACAGUGUGUCCGUAAGAUCCUGCUGGGGGUCCCGAGGGCAACGCUGGUGGUGAUGCGUUACCUCUUCGCCUUCCUCAACCACCUUUCUCAAUACAGCGACGAGAACAUGAUGGAUGCUGGGAACUUGGCCAUUGUGUUCGGCCCAACUCUGCUGCCGACGCCAGACACACUGGACCAGGUGGCCUGUCAGGCGCACGUGAAUGAGGUCAUCAAAACAGUCAUCCUUCACCAUGACAAUAUCUUCCCAGACACCAAGGAGGUGCCAGGACCUGUUUAUGAGAAGUGUAUGACAGGAGACCAGUACUGCGAGAGUCCGUUCAGCGAGCCGGGAGCGUUGGAGGAGGCUGAGCCCGAUGGCAGCACUGAGACCCAGACCAGCGACGAGGAAGCAGAGACCGUGGAGGCAGUGGCGAGGUUCGACUACGUGGGUCGCUCGGGUCGGGAGCUCUCCUUCAAGAAGGGGGCGUCGCUGCAGCUCUUCCAGCGCGCGUCACAUGACUGGUGGGAGGGGCGUCACAACGGCGCCCAUGGCUUGGUGCCUCAUCAGUACAUCAUGGUGAAGGACAGGGCCGACGCCACGUCAGAUAGCAUGAGUCAGAAGGCCGACAGUGACGGAGGGAGCAACAGCACUGAUGACAAGCGUUCCCGGAGCGAGCUGAGCUCCCCCACCGACAUCCGACCCUCCGAGACCUACAACAGUCACAGGAGGAAGAGAACUGAUUUAUUCCGCCGACCACUCGGACGCUCCACCGACAGCCACUGCCACGGCAACAGCGGCGUGAUGGAGAGAAGCUCGCCACCGGUGACAGGUCACUUCAGCCCCAGAGAGCUGCUUCUGGGUCGAGGUCAGGGCUUAACUCCGCCUCUCGACAGCCCAGAGCGCAGGCGACGCUCAGCCGCCGCCGUCACCAUGACGGUGAUUCGACAUGAUUCACUGAGGAGGCCCGAGGACACGCCCAUCCGGCGCUCCAGCAGCGGUCAGCAUGGCUUUUCAGACUCUCAUCGUUCCCGAGCGCUGGACCCAGAUGCUCUGGCUCAGGACAUCGAGGAGACGGUGACCGUUGCUCUGGGGGAACUCAGGCAGCUGGAGCGGCAGGGCUGCCGGCCGGCUCCUGACGUGGUGCUGGAUACUCUGGAGCAGGUGAAGAACGGCCCCAUCACUGCCUGCUCCUCUGAGUCUCCCAGCCCCCACAGCACCCCCAGCACCCCGGGAACACCUGGAACCCCUGGCACGCCUGGAACUCCAGGCACCCCCGGCACACCAAGCCCCCUGAGUCCGCUAAGCCCCAUCAGCCCACUCCCUGGACCUCCACCCGGACCACCCAGGCCAUCCAAUCCUUCACCCGACACCUUGGGCUCCUUCAAGCCUGUGGCAGCUGCUCGUAUCGGGGCCCCGCUGCGCCCCCCUGCCCUGAGGCCGAAACCUAUGGUCCCGCCCAAGAGCAGCACCUCACCUCUGCCUCCACCACUGGACAAAUCCUGCACCAUGUGAGCCAAAUCAGGCCUACCCAGGCCAAAAACGGGCCAGAAGAGGAGAUCAGGGUACCAAUAGAUUCUAAUCGUGAGGGUAGAAAUGGUAGGAAGGCAAAAAGGGUUUUACUGUAGUCAAAAAUCUAAUAUAAGACAUGACCUAUAUGAUAUGAUAUGCCAUGAUAUUUCUGUGUUGUCAGGUUGGUGUGUACUCUCGGUGUGUAGGAGUUUACUUUCUCCAUGUAUUAAAGCAUUUAUCAAACGUUA